UCCGUUUAGACGGUGAAGUCAUUCGAGCUCGCUUGCAAUCUCAACACAUUCGCGAAAGUUUUCUGGCAUCUGCCUGCUUCAAACAUCUCCCACGGCUGCUGGCGCUUCGUUGACGGAACCAACGGGAUCAUGCCACCUGCUUCAGAAAUUCUUUAUCCUUUUCAUUGUCAUGGACUUGGUUCUGUCCAAGAAGCGACAUUGUUCCAAGCGCCCCAGAUGUCAUAUAAAAAGCAGACGAUCACUGUCUCUUGCUUUCUCCAGCUGCCUCUCUUCUACCUAAGGCUCCUAUUGAUCCCAAAUGGCGACUUCUCCGCAAGCACCCCAUGUCAGCUUCAGAAUCCGUAGCCAGAUCAAGCCAAAUCCUCUCACUUCGCAUAAUAGUCCCAUCCGCAACAGUCCCAUCCGCAAAGUGCUCCUGGACAGCAGCACGCGCCGGUCGCGCAAAUCCAUGAAGCGAAAGCUAGUUCUGUUUUGGAAACGUCUCACUGCACCGAAACAGGCCCGACGGUCACUCAGGUUCUCCUACAUGCCAGCUGAUUUUGUCCUGGCCUCGAAGACCUCGAUUUCACAAACUGAAUGAAUGCGAUUUGAAUCGGAAUCGGUUACUUGUAAAUAUAUACCCGUGUAUCAAAAGACAUCCCUCGCGGUGGCAAUUCGCCUUCAUGCUCUAUACUCACACGGAGUAUA